ACCUCCCUCCUCAAAAUAGAAAGAAGCUCAGGUUUAUUCGGAUUCACAAUCAUUCCCACAUACACACACAUCCGCAUCAUCCAAGGAGAGAGAGAGUAUAUGGAAUGGAGCAGAACGACGUGAUCUCGCCGUUCGUCAUAAAGACGUACCACUUAGUCAGCGAUCCCAGGACCGAUAAUCUCGUUGCUUGGGGGCCAGCCAAUAACAGCUUCGUCGUCGUCGACCCUUUGGAUUUCUCCCGCAGGAUCUUACCUGCUUAUUUCAAGCACAAUAACUUCUCCAGCUUCAUUCGUCAGCUCAAUACCUAUGGUUUCAAGAAGGUGGAUCCAGAUCGAUGGGAGUUUGCGAACGAGUGGUUCCUGCGAGGGCAGAAGCAGUUGCUAGUGAACAUAGUGAGGAAGAAGCAGAGCAAGAAUAAGAACAUAGCGUAUUUUGAGGGGACGAUGCUGGAGGAAAUGGAUGAGGAAGUGUUGGUGAUGGAGAUAGCGAGGUUGAAGGAGGAGCAGAAGGCGUUGGACAAGGAGGUUGAGUGGAUGAAUAAGAGGCUGGAGGCUACCGAGAGACGGCCUCAGCAAAUGAUGGCGUUUCUGUGCAAAGUGGUGGAGGACCCUGACGUUCUAUCUCGCGUAUUGGCCGAGAGAGAAGGAAGACAGUUGGCGGAGAAGAGGCGGCGCUUGAUAUCGCCGGCCACCGCUGCCACCACCUCGUCCUCGUCUUCGUCCGGCAUGCCUGUCAAAACAGAGGUGGAAGAAGACGAUGCAACCGUGGGAGGUAUUAUGUCGCCGUCGCCGGAGACUGGUCUCGAAGCUCAUAAUUUUUGUCAAUCUUCUCGGCCCCAGGAAUCACCGUAUUGGUGGGGCCAAAACCAAUCUACGCUGGAUACACCUCCGCGGAGUAGUGACACGGCAGUGGGAACGGCGGUGAGAACCGUGUGGCCACCUCUGGGAGGGACGUAUUCGGGAUGCCACGGCGGUGACAGUCAAUUGAGUACUUAUUUUACAGAUAUGGCGCCGGAGACUCAAAGCUGUCCUCCUCCGCCGGCGCCGGCGCCGGCGCCUUGUCCAUUUUCCCUGUUGGAGUGGGGCUUUUAGAUACGCUUCCUUCACAAAAUUUGUGUUGGAUUCUAUCUUUUGUGAAAAGUCCUAAUUCUAAUUCUAAUUAUAUCUGCUUUAACUUGUUUAUGAAGAUUUUGCUAGCUGUUUAAUCUGUUUAAAGAAAAUUUAUAAAAGCACGAUUCAAUAUC